UUUAUGUCUCGUUGCUUCCGUAAAAAGUGAAAUGAAAUGAUUUAGUAUAAAAGAUGGGCCAUUUCAGUGGAAUGGUAUCAGUUACAGUUUGCUUAUUUUCAAGUACAGACCUUCUUAACCAUAAACAAAACCCUUAAUCAAAAUGUUCAAGUUGGUGGUACUUUCUGUUGUCCUUGCCGUUGUUGCUGCUAAGCCCGGUGCCAUUACUGUUGGAGCCGUUCCAUUGGUCUAUUCAGCACCAGCAACAGCUUUAAUUCAUGAGCCUGCUCAUCUCAUCACCCAAGAGCAUUCAUUGCAGAAGGUUGGUGAUGUUGUCGAGAGUGUGCCCACAGCUGUGUCACAUCAAAGCUCCACUGUCGUUCAUAACCGUGCCAAUGUUGUGACUCCAAUUGUUGCUCCAGCUGUUAAGACCAGCAUUACACCUGCAAUUCGUUCUUAUGCUGCACCAGUGAUUGCUCAUCAACCUCUCCUGCAGUACGCUCUGCCCUACAGCUAUGACUAUUUGAGGUCUCCUCUUUACAAGUCAUAUGUUCCAUCAGUUCCUUUGGCCUACUAAGUGGGAUGAUAAUCGAAUGAAUGAAUGGUGACCAAAAAUAAGCAAAAGUUUAAAUGAUCCGAAUUUAUAUAGAAUUUAAUAAAAAAAAAACAAAAAUAUAAUUUUGAAAAAAUUAA